AUGUUGGGCUCGGACGAGCUGAAACCCUGGACAAGCCACUCCAGCCGCCGCCACGACGCCGCCCCCCGCCACCGAGGAGCCCGCGGCCAGCGCCGCCCCUGCGCCUUCGCCUUUCACCGCCGCCACGCCAGUUUGGUUGCCGCCGGCGCCUCGCAUCUUCGCCUGGCUCGGCGGUUGCCCUUGACGCUACGUCACGAACUCUCUCAGCUUGCUUAUAGCCCACCAAAUCUCCUGGGAGUCUGCAUGACAAGCUUCCUGAUCCCGAGUAUGUGUGAUCAGUACCUUCUUCAAGAGAGUGCGAAGGUCCUCUUCCUCCGUCACGUCCUCCACCACGCCGUCCUAGCGCCCUUUGCUGGCCGUCGGCGGUGGUAG